AUGUUGCCACGAGUGAGCACCAAAGUGCACCCUCGCAGCUCCAAUUCAACUGCAGCAGACUACGCGUGUCUUCCGUCGCCCUCAGCGCCUCCGGUGGCAUCGGAGCUGCCAAAAUCAAUUGGAGGUAGAAGCGAACGCGAUUGCACUCGCUGGCUGCGCAACUACCCGCGGUUGAGCUUCGUCCUGCUCUUUGUUCUCUGCACGUACGUCGGAGGCAUCUUCAUCUCGACCAAACUCACGGCGUGGGCCCUCAGCGUGCUCGGUGUUGAUGGUGAGCUGGCGAGUGCUCGACAAGUGUACGUCGCUUCAAGUCAAAGGUUGAAGUCCAUGACGGAGUGCGUGGAUCGGAGCUCGCUCGAGUACUUGGCUGCAGCCAAGUUACAGUUCGAAGUCGAUAGUAAACGGGUGCAGAAGAUCAUCGAUGCCAACGACGACGUGCUCUUCAACCAAAGGAACGCGACCAUGACAUGUUCCGCCGCUUUCUUGUCGUCUUUGAAGGAGCAGGUGCUGAUAUCCGCGUCGGACGAUGCCAACUCGACGCUGAGCUGCUUCUCCGACAGAUUUUACGAGGGCGUGCCCGAAACAAAUGCUCUGUCGUCCUCGCGGGCGCUGGUACUCGCUGUUCGCGCACUACUGACGACGCAAGCCGUCACAGCAGCGAGCGACAGUGUGGCCAAACAGCAAGUUCAAUUCGAGAACCAACUCGUGGACAUGUGGAAGUCCGUCGACUCGAUCAAGACGUCGAUCGACAAGACGCUUAGCGCCACGAACACGUUGACCUCCGAGCAGCUGAGCUCGCUAGCGCCAAUUCUGUCGGACAAAGACGGAGAGGGCCACACCAAACAAUCCGCCUCCCGCCUUGGCCGCCUGAGCAAAGUGGUGUCAUCCGAGCUCUCAGACCCGCUGGCUUCAACGUCUUCUACCAGUCUGGAAGCCAUACGAAAAGCUGGACGAACGCUUCACACAGCGCUCGAGUUUCUAUCGGGCUUGCACGAGGGGCUCUCGGAUGUCAUGGACACGGUGGACGGUACUUGGCAGCUACUGGAGAAACAACUCAACGCCACAGCGCAGCAGGCCGUGCAACUGCAAAAAGAGCUCGCGUACGCAGCUGAGUCGACUGCGCAGCAGAUCAAUCGCACCAGCUCCGCCAUUAUGACGAGCUUUGGGCAGGCUCAGCAGGAAAUCGCCACGUCCUUCGACAUCCUGCACCAACACUGGCAGGAUGCAGUGAAUAAACUGGUAGCGCAGGGCUUCACACCGUGGCAUCGACUCGGAGACCGACUUGUCGCCGAACUCACAGCUAACCAGCGCCAAAGUGUCAGACCGGAGAACUCCAUUCAACGCAAGUACAUACUUCCGGAUAGAACGACAAACUCGAGCUUGGAGACGGAACGUGCGAGGCUGGCCACUGCAGCACGCUACGUGGACCCCCAGGCUUCAAAAUCAUCGGCAUCUACAGAUAAACGCGACGAGUUUGAUAUCGAUACGGCCGUACUGCGCGCGUCGCUGGUGGACAUCGGAGCUUUCGUGACCCAAGUGAUCUUUUACGUGGAUGUUGGUCGUCUCACUCUGCUGUUCGCAGAUCUCGCUGUGGGGCUUAUCUCUGAGUCGUACUCGGACAUGCCGAUGCUGGACAUUCGUGGGAUCACUACAGCCGACACGAUCGGGAGCGUGUGCGAGGUAUUCCUCUGCAAGCACAGCUUCUGGACAGUGUGCUACGCCAUCGUUGCAAACGCUUCGGAGCUCAUGCGUGUGCUGGUGAGGUUCGUGCUGCUGCUCGCUGCUGCUUCGGUCGUCACGGCAGGUCUCUUCAUGUGGAAGCAAGACCACAUCGAACACUGUGGACGAGCUGCAUUGCCUUCAAACGCUUCUCAAACAGUCAUUCAAAGUAUCACCCGCGCGUACUUCGAGAACAAUGGCAACAGCAGCAACAGUGUCGUCGAUCCACUCGAUGAGAUCGAGAGGUACACGACCAUCAUUAACGAUUCGAUCCGCAACGACUACGCCGCGCUGGAGCUGGACUCUGCUGCCGUAUGGAUGAACCAGUCUGCCGCGCUAGAUGAUUUCGGCGACUGCGCGACGACAACCAGCACUUUAGUUCGAAUGCUGCAAGAUUGCAGUGAACAGGCCAGCAGCGAUGACACCUCUCUAUCAAGCCAGUGUCUGACAAGUGAGCUGCGUAAUUCGUCGGGACUCGUGACUCCUUCCAAGACCGCAACGCAAUUGAGUGAGAAUGCGCCCUAUCUAGCGCCACCCAACGCAUUCGAGUCGUGCUUCCCAGAAGGAACAACCGGACGGGUAGCCGUUGUCAGCAAACUGCAGCACGACCUUGCCUGUGCGACUGAGAAGGCCGUUUACCUUUCGUGCGCUUCGUGGUGGGUACUCGUUGUCAUCUUCGCCGCGAACCGAUUCGCAAUGAGGAUGAUCAUCAAAGCGGCGGGUGUGUACUGGUGGCGCUUCUUGAGUGCAAACCGACUGCAAUUCACGGGCUAUUGCCGGGAAGACGGAGAUAUCGUGGCGAGCAACACACUGCCACUUGCGAUUCAGCAGCACUUGCGCGAGGCCAAGUGGCAGAUCAUCGGGCGGUUUGUGGGCAUCGGAUUCUCCUUCACUUGCGUUGUCAGCGUCCUCAUGGUCGUUUUCCAAGGAAUGGUGUAA